UAUUUCAUCCACUCGUCCACUCUUCCAAUCCCAGUUUCCAAAGCUCAUCCUAUUUCUUCAUCAUACAGCAUCUCUACACACAAUGUCGCGAGGCGGACUUGCACCGGAUUUCCUGACAAUCACUCCGACGCCGCAGCAACUCCAGCAGCAGCACGCUGCGUAUCCUCCGCAGCAUCACCCGCAGCAGUUCAAUCCCUACGGCGGUGCGGGUGGGAUGGACGGGUCGGGCGGUCCGCUGCGAUGGGGCGUUCUGAACGUCUUCCUGCGCGACGCGGUGCUGGUCAAGAGCUACAGCUUGCUCAAGAUGGACCCGUUCGUCCAGCUGCAGAUUGCAGGCCGCUCUGCACGCUCAGCCACGGCCACCAAGGGCGACAAGAACCCGCGAUGGAACCAGACAGUCAGCCUGACUGUCCCGAACGGACAUUCACACUUGGUGCUGACCAUUAUGGACGAGGGCAUGACGAGCGACAAGGCGAUCGCGCACUGCACAAUCAAUCUGGAGGAAGCCUUCACUCAACGCAAUGUCCCCACCCGCCCGUACGACCUGCAAGGCAAAAACCCCAGCGAAGGCAGCAUUCAGCUGGAUCUCACAUUCUUGCCCGGCGCAAUCUUGCAGGCAAACCCGGUCGUGUAUUCGAGCGGUGAUCUAUUCGAUCCAGCGGAUUACGGAUCUGUGCCGACAAUCAUCAUGCCACAGCAACCGCCACCCAUGAUGUACCAGCCACAGCAGCCCAUGCGGUACAACACUCAGCCUUCGCCACAGCAAGACGAUGCGCAGAGGAACCAGCAGGCAUUGGAGUUGCGCACCAUGUUCCCCAACCUGGACUUGGAAGUCAUUCGCAGCAUUCUCGACUCCAACAACGGCAACGCAGACACGACGCUGACCACCUUGCUCGAAAUGAAUGAGGCUCAUGUGGAUGAAUCCUCGACCUAAUUAUCUCGCUGGCCUGUGGCUUGUUUAAUGUCGUUGCUGAAGAACAAACCAAAACUACAAAGACCCACAAAAACAAAACACCACAAAACUAACUAAUGCCUGCGACUAACUAAUGCCUGCGUUUCGGUUCUGCUUUUGUUGUCUUUGAGCGCUAAUUGAGCUUUAUGAGCUUGAAUGUUUGAUGUAUUCGUGUGGAAUCACAACGAUUUUGAGCA